UAAAGAACGUUGAACUCCCUCUGUCAGCAGCUCGUUUACAUCCGCCAUGACCAGGGACGCCAUAGCUACAAAAACACAUUCUCACUGUCGUGGACAUCACGCCCUCCAAAUCCAAUAAUUGUAAUUGCAUCCGCCUGCUUCGAAGCGUUACAGCCCACAUCCCUCGAGUCCCGCAUGAGUUGGAGUUGUAUAAAGCUUGCCAGCGUUCCAUGCACUGAGAUUCCGUUCAGCAAGAAUCGAAGCAACUCUCAUCCAUCACCACUGCUGCCAAUCACUAUCUCACCAGCUCCUCAACCUACAACGAAAGACAACAUGUCACCUCCAGCAAGCCUUCCCGCCCGCCGCUUAGCCAAGACGGGCCCUGAGAUUACCGCAAUCGGCGUGGGUUUGAUGGGACUCAGCGUCGCCUACGGCAAGCCAUUGCCUGACGAAGAACGUCUCGCCUUUCUCGACCGCGCGUGGGAGUUGGGCGCCACGAACUGGGACACGGCGGAUGCCUACGGCGACAACGAGGACGUCCUCGGCAAGUGGUUCGCGCGACACCCCGAGCGCCGCGCCGACAUCUUCCUGGCGAGCAAGUUUGGCCUGCGCGUCGUGUUCGGCGACGCCGGCUCGUACAGCCUCAAGAUCGACAGCUCGCCUGCAUACUGUCGCGAGGCGUGCGAGCGCAGCCUGCAGAGGCUCAGGGUAGAUAGCAUCGACCUGUACUACGUCCACCGUCUGGAUGAGGUGACUCCCAUCGAGAAGACAAUCGAGGAGAUGGUCAAGCUGAAGAACGAGGGCAAGAUCAAGUACUUGGGCAUCUCGGAAUGCUCCUCGGCCACCCUCCGACGCGCCCACGCGGUCCAUCCCAUCUCGGCCGUGCAGGUCGAGUACAACCCGUGGUCCCUCGAGAUCGAAGGCGCCGCCGGCACGAACCUGCUGCAGACCUGCCGCGAGCUAGGCGUCACCGUCUUCGCCUACUCGCCGCUUGGCCGGGGCAUCAUGACGGGGCGGUUCAGGUCGGUUGACGACUUCGACGCGGAAGACGUGCGCCGACAAAUGCCGCGGUACGCGGGCGACAACUUCCGCAAGAACACGGAGCUCGUGGACAAGUUCGCCGCGAUCGGCAAGGAGAGGCACGGCUGCACCGCGGGCCAGCUCACGCUCGCGUGGCUGUUGGCGCAGGGCGAGGACGUGAUCCCGAUCCCUGGCACGAAGCGGGUCGAGUUCCUCGAGGAGAACAUCGGGGCGCUGAAGGUCGCGUUGGGCAAGGAGGAGGAGAAGGAGCUGAGGCGGUUGGUCGACGAGGCGGACGUGCAGGGGGAGCGCGGCGCCUUGCUUGGGAACUACUCUGAUUCGCCGGCUCUGUAAUCUGUAUAGCCGGAUACAGGAUGACGGGAUGUGGAAUGCGUGUUGAC